CACGAGAGAGGCAGCAAAUGAUGUCAUGGCUUGUGCUGGUCUGUGCUCGCUCUUUUCCUCCCCACCUUCUGCUCUCCAUCUCCCUCUCUUCUCUGUACAUCGCUAUCAUCAUUGUGAAGGUGGUGUGAGUGGCAGGGCUAGGAGGAAGACACGCAGCAUCAGCACAGGCAUCCCCAACAUCAUCGUCACUCAGAAUUCCUUCAUCUAACAGGGCAGAAUGGCAGAGGGCUCCGUAUCAGUAGCAGAGGUGGAGACGUCCUUCAAGAAGUUUGCCAUUCAUGGGGACACCAAGGCUACUGGGAAGGAGAUGAACGGGAAGAACUUUGCCAAACUCUGCAAGGACUGCCGGGUCAUCGACGGCAAGAACGUCACUGCCACUGAUGUGGACAUUGUCUUCACUAAAGUCAAGGCGAAGACAGCUCGUGUGAUCGCAUUUGAGCAGUUCAGCCAGGCCCUGUCAGAGUUGGCCCCGAAGCGUUUUAAAGGGAAGUGCCAGGAGGAGGCGGUGCAGCAGAUCUACGGCCUCAUAGCAGGGAGGGAGCCUGCCAACGCUGGCGUCACUAAAGUGGACAAGGCAGCGGCGGUGGACAGACUGACAGACACCACCAAAUUCACAGGGGCACACAAGGAGCGGUUUGACGAGUCGGGCAAGGGGAAGGGCAAGGCCGGGCGAGUAGACAUUCCAGAUGCCAGUGGCUAUGUGGGUGCCUACAAGGGCAAGGGCACCUAUGAGGAUAAGGUCAAGGAAGCAUAGGCAGGACAGAGGGAGAGAGAGAGAUAUGCUCAGUCAGAUCCCACUAUUUACCCCAAAGACCCCCGCUAAAUAGUGUAAUUUAAGUGAGAACUUGUGUUAAUGUAUAUUAAUGCACAUACUGCGCAGGUUGGAUGGGCUGGUCAGUCACUGAGUCAAAGUAUUAUAUAUCCUUUAACGUUGCAUGUUGGGGUGGUGGUUGUUAUGAUGGAGAGGGGAGGUGUAAGGGUGAGGAGUAAACCUGGAUAGAAAACAAAACAGUGACCAAAUUCUAUGUCAAUAAAAACGUGAAUAAUAUUUAGAUAUAUUCACCUUCCCAAGCGCUCCAACCCCUGAUCCUAUCCCUCCCAGCUUCACUAGAAGCGUUUUUACUUGUUUAUGUGUUGUGUAUAAUAUAUACUGAACAGAAAUAUAAACGCAUCAUGCAACAAGUUCAUAGAAGGACAUCAGUCAAUUUAAAUAAAUUAAUUAGGCCCUAAUCUAUGGACAGGGGCGCAGCCAUGCAGCAUUUCUCCUUUGCCAAGAUAAUCCAUACACCUGACAGGUGUGGCAUAUCAAUAAGCUUAUUAAAUAGAAAGAUCAUUACAAAGGUGGACCUUGUACUGGGGACAGUACAAGGCCACUCUAAAAUGUGCAGUUUUGUCACACAACACAAUACCACAGAUGUCUCAAGUUUUGAAAGAACAUGCUCCAGAGCUGUAGCCAGGGAAUUUAAUGUUCAUUUCUCUGCCAUAAGCCACCUUCAGUGUCGUUUUAGAAAACUUGGCAGUACAUCCAACCGGCCUCACAACCGCAUACCACGUGUAUGGGGUCGUGUGGGCGAGCCAUUUUCUGAUGUCAACUUUGUGAACAGAGUGCCCCAUGGCGGCAGUGGGGUUAUGGUAUGGUUAGGCAUAAGCUACAGGUAACAAACACAAUUGCAUUUUAUCUAUGUCAAUUUGA